CUGUCUCCUGAGAGAAGCAAGGAGGCUCAAAAGGGCGGGCGUUGUUGGGUGCCCACGAGGGAAGUGGAGCGCGGCGGCUUCCUAGGAGGAGGAGCGUCGCCAGAGAGGCGGGGAAGCUGCGUGAGGCGCGGGCAAGCAAGCAAAGGCAGCGCACGGCCAGCCGCCAGUCAAGUUGCACUCAAGCUCCAGCGAGCAGGCGCGCAGCGGCUCCUUCGGCGAGCCCCGGCGGCGCUGCUGGCGAAGCGACAGGGCGGGGGAUGAGGCUGGCGCGCGGCUGGCGGCCCUAGCGGCUGCCCGAGGGGGGCUGCGCCUGCCCUGCCGCCUGGCGCGCCAUGAACGGCUACGGCUCGCCCUACUUGUACAUGGGCGGCCCGGUGGCUCAGCCGGCCCGGGCGCCUCUGCAGCGGACGCCCAAGUGCGCGCGCUGCCGCAACCACGGCGUGCUGUCGUGGCUGAAGGGCCACAAGCGCUACUGCCGCUUCAAGGACUGCACCUGCGAGAAGUGCAUCCUCAUCAUCGAGCGGCAGCGGGUCAUGGCCGCCCAGGUGGCGCUGCGCCGCCAGCAGGCCAACGAGAGCCUCGAGAGCCUCAUCCCCGACUCCCUGCGGGCGCUGCCAGCCGGACCGCCGACGCCCGCCUCGGCCGGCUCCACGCCGCCGGGACACCCGGGAGCCGGAGCCGCUGUCGUCGCCGCCGCUGUCGUCGUGCCCACCGAGGGCCCCGGCAGCGCCCCGCACCGGCCCCCGAUGGAGCUGGCCGCAGCCGCCGCCCUGCGCUGGGCUUCGGAGCAGCCGGCCGCCGUCCUGCCCUCGCCGCUGCCCAAAGCAGACAUGACUGAAGAGCGAUUGGGUGAUGCCAGUGGAGGAGACAGCACUGAGACCUACAGUGACAAGGACACGGACCAAAGGAGUUCCCCGGAUGUGACAAAGGCCAAGAGCAGUUUCACUCCUGAAAGCCCUGAGAUUGUUUCUGUGCACGAAGGUGGUUAUGCAGUCCAGAAAAACAGUGGGAGCAAUGACAGCAGGCCUGAGAGUCCCAAGUACCAACCAGAGCAAAACCAUCUCCUGAUUGAAGGUCCCUCGGGGACAGUUUCACUGCCUUUUGGCUUGAAAGCCAACCGGCCACCCCUUGAAGUGUUAAAAAAGAUCUUCCCCAACCAAAAGCCAACAGUGCUUGAAUUAAUCCUGAAAGGCUGUGGAGGCGACCUGGUGAGUGCCGUUGAGGUCCUCCUGUCAAGCAGGUCCUCCAUAGCUGGGGGAGAUAGAACUUCUGCAGAAUCGGAAGGUCUGGUUUUGCCUUCCAAUGGCCACCUUUUUGAACACACUCUGAGCUCCUACCCUAUUUCUUCAUCAAAGUGGUCUGUGGGGUCUGCAUUUAGAGUGCCAGACACACUGAGGUUUUCUGCAGAUAGCAGUAACGUUGUUCCAAGUCCAUUGGCUGUCCCCUUACAGCACCCAUUCCCACAGCCACCCCGGUAUCCACUGAUGUUGCGGAAUACUUUGGCAAGAAACCAGUCCAGUCCAUUCCUACCUAAUGAUGUUACUUUGUGGAACACCAUGACACUACAGCAGCAGUACCAGCUGAGGUCUCAGUAUGUCAGCCCUUUCUCUACUAAUUCUACCAGUGUCUUCCGAAGUUCUCCUGUCCUUCCUACGCGCCCAUCAGAAGAUCCUAGGAUCUCAAUCCCAGAUGAUGGGUGCCCAAUAGUGUCAAAACAACCUAUUUAUACAGAAGAUGACUAUGAUGAAAGGUCUGACUCCUCAGACUCUAGAAUACUCAACACCUCUUCCUAGAAUGACAAUUUCCUGUAUGAUAUUUUGCAAUGUGUCAGAAAUUCUGGGCAUCAAGAGGCAGGAGUGAUGGCCCUUGCAGCUGUAUAAAUAGUGACUCUGCUUGUUCCUAUCCUUUAGCAAUAAAGACAUAACUUAUUUUAUUUCUUGCACUUCACUGGAAAAUGCCAAAUAGCUAUUACUUCAUGGCUUUAGUGCUGAAUGUUUAUUAGGGAAAAGAGGAAAAAAGUCUACCAUAAUUUUAAGCAUAACCUUGAGAAAUCUGGGACUGUGGAAGAUUUAAAAUGGAUUAAAUGAGUUUUGCCUUUUAGACAACUGGGAAUGUUGAGACGUUGUACUUGAAUGCAGUGUUCAAAGAGAGGACUCCUCAGGAUAAAAAGAAAUUGGAAAGCAAAUAAUUUCAGUGGCAAAAGGACUAAACAGGGACCUUAUUGACUUCAUGACCAUGCUCAUUCUGGUGUUCAAACCCAGCACCACGAAAGACUAAGAGUGAACUGCUCCCUUACUGUUCCAGCUUGGAAACUUUUUGGAGACACCUUAAAAGCUGUUCUGUUCAAAUUGCUAGAUGGAAACAUGUAUAAUGUCAAUGUAAAGUCAAUUACAACUGUGAACUGCAUGAAAAUGUCUUGUGAAAAGAUGAACAUAUGAUUAAGCAUUGUCAGGUUAAUGUAGCAUGCUAAGGACUCUAGGGGAAAAAAAUAAAUUCAGAUGAUGAUCUUGAA